GGAGUCACUGCCUGCCCCCGUGGGAACUUACAACCACACUCGGCGGCGGGGCUCGUCGACCUGUCCCCUCACCAGGCUGACCGCUGGAUAAACUACAGCAGAUCCACAGCAGAGCCGGGGUCAGUUAGGGAAGUGCCUCCGUCCGUCCCCGCGAGCCUGCGUCCCCGGGGCUUUCGGGAACGGCUCCCCGGGAGCGGAGCGUGGGCACGCGGGGGCUUUUCCAGGCGCGCGGCUGGGCGCCCUCCUGACCUUUGACCCCUGACCCAGCGUUCACAGGUCCGUCCCAGCCUUGGCGGGAAGCGAAGGACAGCUCCGGGAGCGGCCUGCCUCCUCCCUUCCUGCCAGUCGUAAAGUGCUGUAAAGGGCCCUGCGCUUUACGGCACCGUAGUCUCCCUGUCCCUGGAGUUCGAAAUGCUUUACCUGAUCGGCUUGGGCCUGGGAGAUGCCAAGGACAUCACAGUCAAGGGCCUGGAAGUUGUGAGGCGCUGCAGUCGAGUGUAUCUGGAAGCCUACACCUCAGUCCUGACUGUAGGGAAGGAAGCCCUGGAAGAGUUUUAUGGAAGAAAAUUGAUUCUUGCUGACAGGGAAGAAGUGGAACAAGAAGCAGAUAAUAUUUUGAAGGAUGCUGAUGUGAGCGAUGUUGCAUUCCUUGUGGUUGGUGAUCCAUUUGGGGCUACAACACACAGUGAUCUUAUUCUGAGAGCAACAAAGUUGGGAAUCCCUUAUCAAGUUAUUCACAAUGCCUCCAUAAUGAAUGCUGUAGGCUGCUGUGGUUUACAGUUGUACAAGUUUGGAGAAACAGUUUCUAUUGUGUUUUGGACGGACACUUGGAGACCAGAGAGCUUCUUUGACAGAGUGAAGAAGAACAGACAAAAUGGCAUGCACACAUUGUGUUUGCUUGAUAUCAAAGUGAAGGAGCAGUCCCUGGAAAAUCUCAUGAGGGGAAGAAAGAUCUAUGAACCUCCUCGAUACAUGAGUGUGAACCAGGCAGCCCAGCAGCUUCUGGAAAUUGUUGAGAAUCAGAGAGCACGCGGGGAAGAACCAGCGAUCACUGAGGAGACACUCUGUGUUGGCUUAGCCAGAGUUGGCGCUGAAGACCAGAAAAUUGCAGCGGGCACUUUACAGCAGAUGUGUACAGUGGACUUGGGAGAACCAUUGCAUUCUUUGGUCAUCACAGGGGGCACCCUGCACCCACUGGAGAUGGAAAUGCUAAGUCUUUUCUCUAUACCGGAAUCCCAAAGUAUUAAUGGACUCUGAACAUGGACAUUUUCUGUUGUCUCACGUUAAUUCCUGUUAGACUGGGUGUGCGGUAUUUGUAGGACAAAUGGCAUGGAUCUGUCAUUUAUCUGGAAAGAGUAACAGAGAUGACAAGAGGAGGCAACAAGAGCUGUCCCAGUGGCGUCGGCUUUCCCGCAGCAGCUCUUCCCCUUUCAUCAUCAUUACUGUCGCGGCCUCGGCUGGCUACUUGCCAGGGUGUACACACAUGGAACAGAUGAAGCCGGGAAGUGCGGCUGGACAUGUACACACAGCUGAGAGAUUUUCAUAGAUGGAGCCCGCCAGUGCAAGGAGGUUGGUACGAGAGUAACUGAGGAAACUGAAUAGGAAUCACGUGAACCCGAAUUUUAAGAGAUAAACAAGCACAGAGUCAUAAGUAAAGCAAAUAAAAGCUUGCUAACUAUU